GCGCGUUCACGUACAGUCGAGCAACGGGCACCCCACUUUCUGCUCUUUGAAGUUGUUUCUGUUCCAUUUUACCUACUUCGAACCGGAAUACUUUUGGUGUAAAGCUGUUGAAGCAAAUAUUUGCUGCCAUGUCCUACGAUUGUCGGGCAGUGGAAGGCAGUAAGGGUCCGGGUGGCUGCAUAGUCCACUAGCUCCCCCCCUCUCAUCCCUCCUAGGGCAGCAGCCCCCCAAACCCGCUGCCAGGAUGCUUCGUAAGAGCAGCGACAGCGACGGCGUGAAGCGUGGUCACGCUCCCACCGCAUCCCGCCAUCACUCAGAUUCCCUGACGGGCUCGCUGUCGUCCGCCUCCACCAAGACUUGGGACGGCGGACACAGGCGGCGCUCCCACAACCUGCUGAGCGGAUCGUCGGAUCCGUGGGUGUCGACGUCGUGCCCGCCUGGAGUGGACCCGGAGUACGUCAUGACGCUGGUGAACGACGUCAGGUGGUUCGCCAACGUGCUGCUGCACCUCAAAGAAGCCUUCCACAGUCAAGAAGGCCACGAGGGUCUCCAGCAGGUGGUCCAGGAACGUCUGGCCGAGCUGCUGCGCGUCCUCAAGGCUGUCAUCGCCAAACACCCGACCCUCAACUCGGUGGACAUCCUGGGCAAGGCGGGCACGCUCAUCGCCAAGGUGAAAGGCAUCGACUUCAACAACGUGAGGCCGGACAACCGAGACGGCACGUUCGGCGAGAUUCACGCGUCCAUUGACACCUUAGCGUUCACCUUCGGCAAUGUAGUUUCUGACUUCCUUAUGGGAGAUGUGGACAACGGCUCAGGGUUGGGGACCCCCCAGACCAGAAGAAGCAGGUCUUUUGACAACCUCGCCGUGGAUCCCGAAGACUACACGCCCGAGAAGAACGACCUCGCCGGUCCAGAUGUCCCUCUGUCGCGCGAGGAGGAGGUGGACCUGACUCUGCUGAAGCAUGACAGCGGGGUAGAGUCGGCCCUGCUCUACGCCAAAGCCUGGUCCAAGUACAUCAAAGACCUGCUGGCCUGGAUGGAGAAACGAGUGACUAUGGAUAUGGACUAUGCCAAAGGUUACGCCAAACUGGCCGAGUCGGCCAAGUCGCUGGUGACGCAGCAGGACUACAUGCCCUUUAGCGACAUCUACAAUUCCACCUUCAAGAACGAUGUUGAAUACAACCAUCUACUCAUGCAAUCAGCCAUGGCCCUGCAGACCAAUAAAUUCAUGCAGCCUCUCCUUGCCCGUAAGAAUGAACUGGACAAGCUGAGGAAAGACCUCAAAGAGCAGUGGCAGAGGGAGCUGAAGAAAAUGCACGAGGCGGACACAGGAUUGCGAAAGGCUCGGACGCUGAAAGCCCAGAGGCGAGAAGAGUACCAGAAGGCCCGCUCGUCCACCAGCCGCUCCCUGGAUGAGCAGCCCAACGCUGGCAACAAGCAGCUUGAGAGGAAGAGGAGGCUGGAAGAGGAAGCCCUGCAGAAAGCUGAGGAGGCCCAGGACCAGUACCAGAGCAGCAUGGCUGAUGCGGGCGUCAGAAGGAUGGACCUGGCCAACGUCAAACGCACCAUUCUCACUCAGAUCAGAGAGACCAUCUUCCAGUGCGACCUCACGCUCAAGGCGGUGACAGUUAACUGGUUCCAGAUACAGCACGUGCAGAUGGCGUCGCUUCCCGCCCAUCACCAGGCGCUGAGCGACAGCGCCAAGCUGUACGAGCCUGGCGAGUGCUACUCGGAGUUUGUGCGCCGCCUUCCCCGACAUUUGCCCAGGGAGCGCGUGCACUCCGACUCGGUCUCCUCUGACGGCGCCAGGUUCGUGUUCGCCAAGCGUUCUGUGGGCAGCACCCACUCAUCCCACGGCAACCUGUCUCAAGCCUCGCUCACGUCCUGCGACGUCCUCAGUGGCGACGAGGUGGACAGCCCGCUGCACCGCCGGUCCGGGAUCGCCACGGGCCGUUCCAACAGCAGCACCGACCUCCCAGGGCUGAGGGGCCAGGCCCCGCCGACCCGAGCCUGGACCUCUGGCAGUCCGGGGAGCCAGGGAGGGAUGUGCAGUGACUCCGAGAGUGCGGGGGGCAGCAGUGAGUCCAGGUCCAUGGACUCACCGUCUGCCAGUCCAGGCGACUUCAAGCGCCGUCUGCCCAGAACUCCCUCCACUGGCACCAUGUCUUCUGCUGACGACCUGGAUGAGCGAGAACCCCUGUCGCCUUUGGACAAUGGUCUGGCGGAGAUAGUGACGGAGACGGCCAGCUCACCGGGGCCCUUCCGGAACGCUCAAAUGUCCAAAGCGGCGCAGACGCACAAGCUGAGGAAGCUACGCGCGCCGUCCAAGUGCCGCGAGUGCGACAGCCUGGUGGUCUUCCACGGUGCAGAGUGCGAGGAGUGCUCUCUGGCCUGCCACAAGAAGUGUCUGGAAACGCUGGCCAUCCAGUGCGGCCACAAGAAGCUGCAAGGCAGGCUGCAGCUCUUUGGCAUCAACUUCACACAGGCUUCCAAAAACAGCGCCGACGGCAUCCCCUUCAUCAUCAAGAAGUGCACCUCCGAGAUCGAGAGCCGCGCCCUCAACAUUAAGGGCAUUUACCGCGUGAACGGCGCCAAGUCGCGCGUGGAGAAGCUGUGCCAGGCCUUCGAAAACGGCAAAGACCUGGUGGAACUGUCGGAGCUGUCGCCACACGACAUCAGCAAUGUGCUAAAGCUCUACCUGAGACAGUUACCGGAGCCGCUGAUCCUGUACCGCUACUACAACGACUUCAUCGGCCUGGCCAAAGAGUACCAGCGGGUGGUGGUGGAGGAGGCCGACACCCUGCAGAGCAGUGCCAAGGCGGGCCAGGAAGGCGAGACCAAGAAAUCCGGUGUGCCCAGCGUGCACAUCAACCGCGUGGUCCUGCGGAUCAGGGACCUGCUACGCCAGCUGCCCGUUGCUAACUACCGCACGCUGCAUUUCCUCGUGGCGCACCUGAACAGAGUGGCGGAGCAGGCGGAGGAGAACAAGAUGACGGCGAGCAACCUGGGCAUCAUCUUCGGCCCCACGCUGGUGAAGCCGCGGCAGGCGGACGCCGAGGUGUCUCUGUCCUCCUUGGUGGACUACCCGUACCAGGCCCUCAUGGUGGAGCUACUGGUGCGACACUUCGCGGUGGUCUUUGACGCCUCGCCGUCGGGCGGGUCGGACGCCGCCGCCUCCGGCCGGACGUCGCCCCGCCUCACACACCAGGAGAAGCUGCAGCGCCUCAACAGACACUCUGCCUCCCUGACGGACAUCAAAGAGAGUGCCAAAGCGUACAAGAGGUUCUCCUCCGUGAUCCCAUCCUCUCACAUCCUGGACGAGGUCCAGGAGGUCCGGCCGGGAACCGACCGGACGGACUCCUCGGACGGCAUCAACGGCGUCGGUGAGGGAUCGAGCCACCAGGGAUCCAGCCUCACGUCAGGCCACGCCCCCUCCGCCGGCUCCACGUCGUCGUCGUCCUCCUCCCUAGUGUCGAAGGUCCAGCUCCGACCCCAUCGCACCCGACUGGCGUCCCGUCCCAUCAGCAUGCCUCUGGAGCGUCUCCCGACACCGGCGGAGCGUGCCGACCCGGCGGCAGAACCCAUCGCGGAGACGCCGGAAGCGGAGCAGGCGGCGGUCCCCGCUGGCUCGUCGCGGGUCAGCGCUUACUACAUUACACCCUUCAUCGACACCCAGGCCAUGCAGCGGCGGACGUGGGACAGGAAGUACAAACAUUACGACGUCACGCCCAGGACCGCCAUGAUCAUGGCCAAGCUGCCCGCCGCAGCCGCCGCUCCGGGCGCCAUCCCGGCCUCCGUCGGCUCCGUCGGCUCCGUCGGCACCGUCGGCACUGUGUUCCCCAACAACGCCUCCGUCGGCUCCGUCGGCACCGUCGGCACUGUGUUCCCCAACAACCCCUACGUCGUGUCCGUCAAACCCGCCUGGACGUUCAAGCGGGACGAGUCGUCGUCGAACUCACCAUUGACGCUCAGACCCCCGAGGACUCUUCAGCCCCCGCCAGGGACCUUCUACAAGCCCCCCAUGAGCAGGGCUAGGACGCUCCCCGACUGGACCACCACAACCACCACUACCGCUACUACCCCUACUGCGUCUCCCAGCCUCCCGCCGAAACGCCUCCAGACCCAGGACUCCACGGACAGCGCCAUCGACCCCGGGGCGGCUUCCCUGUCGCCCCCACAGUCGCCGCCCCCCAGCAGCCCCGACGACCUCAGCCCCGGCGAGACGAAGGCCGUCUACCAUAGACUGCGACCUCGGCGUCUCCAGGAGCUGGAGCACAGAGAGGCCCACUUUGUCUGACAAGUUUGGUUUUCGUACCAAACAAGAUGACACUUUUGUACAAUACCACACCGUCAAAGUGUUCUAAGUGCUAAUAUAUUCUUAAGUCUUAACAUUCAGAAAACCACUGGAACAAGAGAGAGCCUAUCAGUUUUCCUUUCUUUGUCCUGAAGUUGGGUUUUUCCAUCAUCCCACAGUGCACUUAAUGCAGCUUUUAUACUCUUCAGAUUUUUCAGCUAAAUAUAUAUUUUUUUACCCCUUUAAAUGUUUUUGCAUUGUUUUCUACCAAGGAGGAUUAGGGCCACACAGACAAGAAAAAAUGAUUUAAAAAACAAAAAACAAAAAAAAAGUGCACUACAGUAUUUCUACAUUAAGCUUUAUUUUUUUACAAGAAAUCCUAUCGCAUUUUUCAGACAAAAAAGGAGAUUUUGGGAGAUAAAAAAAAGUAUCAUUUUGUUUGAAAGGUGUAUUUUCUACUAGAAAAAAUUUUUUUUUAUUUUUCAUUAAGGAAAAAAAGGUGCAUUUUUUCAGAAGUUAGAAAGUAUUUUUCAGGAGAGAAAAGUAUUUGUUUUAAAAAGGAAAGGGUAAAAAAAAAAUUAUAAAAUGGGUAUUAUUGUGAACAAAUGUCAUAUUUUGUCAAGAAAAAAAUUAUUUGUGUUUUUUGUCUGUAGGAAAAGUUGUAUUUUCCUUCGAAAUUAAGAGAAAAACAUUGCUUUUGAGAAAAUGUCAUAUUUUUGGGGGAGAAAAUAGUAUUUUUCCAGUAGGAAAAUAUAUUUUGUAGAGAAAAAAAAGAUUACUUUUUUGUUAAGGUAUUUUCCCCCAAAAAUGUCAUUUUGUCAAAAGAAAAAAAUUUUUUUAAUUAUUUUGUCUUCAGGAAAAAAAGUAUUUUCCUCAAAAAAAAUUAUAUUUUCAGAGGAAAAAAAUCCUUGAAGGGAAAUAUCUUUUGAGAGAAAAAAGGGUUAGGUAUAUAGGGUUAGUUAUUGUAUUUUUUCAUAUCAUAUUUAUUCAAGGGGGAAAAAAGUUUGUUUUUCAAAGUGAAAAGUAAAAUUUUCAGGGGAAAACAAAUCAUUUCUUGGGGGGUAAAAGCAAUAUUUGUGAUCAAGGGGAAAACAGGCCACAUUUUAAAGUGACAUUUUUAAAGAAGAAAAUAGCACAUUUUUAGUAAACAAGUCAUUUGGGAAAAACCUUUUUUUGAGGGAAAACUACAACUUUUCAAGGAAAAUGUUCUUUUCCAGCAUUUUUUAAGAACAUGUUUUCAAAUAAGUUGUAUUUCUUUUUUAAAAAAGUUGUAUAGUUUGACUUUUUUUUCUCAAUCAAAGAUGGCCUAAUAUUUUGAGAACAACAGCGUUGUGAUUUCAUCAGGAAAAGUGAAGGAAGGAUAUCACAGGAGCAGCGUGUUUGCCACAUAAAGAUGAGGAAUGUAUUGAAAAAAAAUGUGUUUUCACAAAUUAGUAUGAGAUUUUUAAUCAGAAUGUGUCAAUGAGAAUGACUUGCAUGAUUGUUUUGCAUGAUUGAAGGAGUAUUCGGUGGUAAUUGGAUGCCAGGUAUGGAGAGAAUGCUUAAUCGAUGCAAUGAAGUGUGGGCAGAACUUCACUCGUUCAAAUAGGACUUUUCAUCUUGAAGAAACUUAAUCAUCCUAAAAUUAGUUUUAAUAGGACUUUUUUUCUCAAAGUACAACUUUAUUCUUACAAUAUUGCCACUUUUUUUUUUUUACUUUACUUUUUUUUAGGAAAAAACAACUUUUUAAAGGAAAAAUCAACUUCUUUUCUGUAGAAAAGAAAUACUACUUUUUAUCUUAAAAAUUAUCCAAGUUUAAAUUUUUUUAACAUUACGACUUUUAAAAAUGACUUUUUAUCCUGAAAAACUUUAUUCUCUUAAAUUUCCAACUUGUUUUUUUUCCCCUCUUUUCUGUGUGACCCUCUAUUACUACUUGGUAGUAUUCUUCUGAUUGGUACCUCUUGUUGUCAAUAUGUAAAGCAUAUUUAUCUAUUGUUUUAAGAUCCUUCAUACUGCAUGUUUGUUGCGUCUCAUUGUGGUGACCUCACAGACGUGCGGCAGUUGUCGCCGCAGAUUAAAAAAAGUUGUUUCACCGCA